CCAUAUUAGUCAAAACUAUUUCUCCUCUCCAGCCAGCAAAGCAAUCUCUUGAUUGGAUCACCUGACCACCGUUACGUGAUCGAACAAAAGCCUACUUAAACCGUCCCUACACUCACUACCUACUCCAUAACGAUCAGCCACUUCACCUUCAUCCUCUUUCUUCUCUCUGUAUCGUCGUCUCUUGCAGCGGGUUUGCUUUCGGCGGUGAAUCCAAACUUCAUCGGUGGUUUCUGGAAGAGGAUUGGUAUGUUUGUGAAGAAGCUCGUGGAGAAGGCUUCGAGUUCGAAGAAGCCUGCGGGGAACUUGGAAGGUAUAAAACCCAGUGACGUAGACCCCCGCCUGGCGUUCCAUUAUGGGAUACCAUCGAGAGGAAACAUGUUGGCUUAUGACUCCGUUCAAAAGAUUCUUGCUAUUUCUACCCGAGAUGGAAGAAUCAAAUUAUUUGGGAAAGAUAACACUCAACUUUUGCUGGAAUGUCCUGAGGCAGUGCCAAGCAAGUUUUUACAGUUCAUUCAGAAUAAAGGCGUCCUUCUAAAUGUAACUUCCAAGAACCAUAUUGAGGUUUGGGACGUGAACAAGAAGUUGGUGUGUCGUGUGCAUGUUUUUAAAGAAGACAUUACCUCAGUCGCAGUAAUGCAACAUUGUCCAUACAUGUAUGUUGGAGAUUCUGCUGGUAAUAUAUCAGUAUUAAGGCUUGAUGUAGAAACAUGUGAUAUACAACGAAUGCAAUACGCUAUACCUCUCCCUGCUUCUCAUGGGAAGCCAGCUGAAGUUCCUACCGAUGCUGCUGUAUUGCACAUAUUACCUCAACCAACAGCUGAAAGCAAGAGAGACAUCAUUCCUUGUCAUUUGGAAAAAUUCAGGGUUCUUAUAGUAUUUAGAGAUGGCCUAAUCACACUGUGGGAAAUUCGAGAAAGCAAAACCAUUUUUACAACAGGGGGAAGCUUGUUGCAGUCACAAUAUAAUGAGAACAAGAAAGUAACGUCUGCAUGCUGGACUUGUCCUUUUGGAAGUAAAGUUGCUAUUGGCUAUAGUAAUGGUGAGAUUUUUAUCUGGAGUAUUCCUGCUAACCCUAAUUCAAGAACUGAAAUAGCCUCAGACAGCGGCACUCAAAGUGCUCCUCUCUAUAAACUCAAUCUGGGAUACAAGUCCGACAGAAUUCCUAUUGCAUCACUCAAAUGGCUUCAGGCUGAUGGGAAGGCAAGUCGACUCUACAUUAUGGGUGCUUCUGACUCGGCAUCUACCAACUUGUUGCAGGUUGUCUUGUUAAAUGAGCAUACUGAAGCUCCCACAAUAAAGUUAGGUCUUCAUUUGUCAGAGCCUUGCAUUGACAUGGAGAUCAUCUCAAACUCUUUGGAUCAAAGCAAACAUAAAGAGGAUUCUCUUCUCGUCCUUGGAAAAUCAGGGCACGUUUAUGUGUAUGAUGAUUGUAAGAUUGAAAAGUAUCUUCUACUAACCCAAUCUAGGAGUUCCCCCUCAUUGCCAAAGGAGGUCAUUGCGAAGAUGCCAUUUGCUGAGUCAAGCAUCACUCUAGCAAAAUUCGUCACACAGAACCCUUACAUAUGGAGUUUUGGGGAUGAGGAUUACCUCAUGUUCUCCAAAAACAUUCCACCUCUAUUUCCUUUUGAAGCAAAAACGAAAGAUGGAACUCCCCCAAAUCCUGCCUCGUUCAGUGGGUUUGCAAAGAUUAAAAACUUGUACAUAACUGGACAUAGUGAUGGAGCCAUUAACUUUUGGCAAGCAUCUUCUCCAUUUUUUAUCCCCAUUUUAUCAUUAAAACAACAGAGUGAAGAUGAUUUUUCUUUAAGCGGUAUAGCAAUAACGGCCUUGUAUUUUGAUGGCAAUUCGCGGAUUCUUAUUUCAGGGGACCAGAGUGGAAUGGUUCGCAUUUUUAAGUUUAAACCUGAGCCAUAUGCCACAGAGAACAGUUUUAUGUCCUUCCAAGGAAGUUCCAAGAGAGGAAACCAGCACAUCAUCCAGAGUCUCAAACUUGUGAAGGUGAAUGGUUCUGUACUUUCAAUGAGCAUCAGCCACAACUCAGAACAUCUUGCAGUCGGGUCUGAUCAAGGAUAUGUUUCACUAAUUGAUCUAAAAGGACCGACACUGCUGUAUCAAAAGCAUAUUGCCAGUGAAAUUUCCACAGGAAUCAUCUCUUUGCAGUUUGAGACUUGCAGUCUGCAAGGCUUUGAGAAGAAUGUUUUAGUGGUUGCCACAAAGGAUUCAUCAGUUUUGGCUGUUGAUGUCAAUACUGGAAACAUGCUGAGCACUAGCACAGUGCAUCCUAAUAAACCAUCUAAAGCUUUAUUCAUGCAAAUUUUGGACAAGCAAGCUGUGUUAGCUGGAGGAUCAAAUGUGCCAAAUGAUUCAGAUCUGAGCAAAGGGAAUCCUGUUGAGGAUUCACUGAAGCAGUCUUCUCUACUGAUAUGUUCUGAGAAAGCAGUGUAUGUCUAUUCACUAAACCAUAUUGUUCAGGGGGUCAAGAAGGUUUACUACAAAAAGAAGUUUCAUUCCUCUUUAUGUUGUUGGGCUUCAAUAUUCUGUUGUGCAUCAGAUGUUGGCCUUGUGCUCCUUUUCACUACUGGAAAAAUUGAAAUAAGGUCUUUGCCAGAUUUAUCAUUAAUAAGGGAAUCCUCAAUAAGAGGUUUCACUUAUGCUUCACCAAAGCUGAACUCCUUAUCAGAUAGUUCAAUAUGUUGUUCACAGGAUGGAGAAAUUGUUAUGGUGAAUGGUGAUCAAGAAAUGUUUUUAGUAUCAGUUUUGCUUCAAAAGGACCAAUUCAGGUUUUUGGACAGUGUCAGCCAAGUCUACAGAAAAGAUCUAAUGCCAUCACAAGAAGGGCUUGCCUCUGGAGCUAUGGCUCAAAAGGAAAAGAAAAAGGGUAUUUUUAGCUCUGUGAUUAAGGAUAUCAAAGGAAGUAAACCGAAGCAAGUUUCUGAGGUGGAAACAGAAGAUACAAGAGAAAGUAUAGAAGAACUUUCGAUGAUCUUGUCAACAGCUAACUUUGCAUGUAACGCAGAAAAUAGCAAUAGCAUUGCCAUAGAGGCAGAUGAGAAUGACUUAGACAUAGAUGAUAUUGACCUUGAUGAUCAUGAAGAGAGGCCCAAGGAUCAGAACAUUUUGGCUGCUCUUAAUAAGCAGAAAUUGGCAAGCAAAUUUCAGGCUUUUAAAGGGAAAAUAAAGCAGAUGAAGGUUAAGAAUGACAAAAUUGUCAAGGAAGAGGAACAGGAUGAAAAGGCUGGUGCCAUUGAUCAAAUCAAGAAGAAAUAUGGGUUUUCUUCAUCUGGCGAGACAAAUGCUGCUGCUAAAAUGGCUGAAAACAAGUUACACGAGAACAUAAGGAAGUUGCAGGGGAUCAAUCAAAGAACUGCAGAGAUGCAAGACACAGCUAAGUCAUUCUCUGCCAUGGCUAGAGAGUUACUUCGAACUGCAGAGAAGGAUAAAUGAAGCUCAUGACCCUGUGGAUUCAGUGUAUAUGAAAAAAUAAUAAUGCCACAUUCAUUUUUCGGUUUUUUUUACUUUUUUGUUUAUAAUUUUUUGUUAGUUCUUUUGCUCCGAUAUUCAUUAUGAUUGAUUUGUAGUUAUAGGGCUUGAUUUCAAGAUAUUAGUGUAUAGUAUUUUCAAUUAUGGAUCGAUUUAAUUUAUAAUUUUUUGUUA